UUGAUCGCCGACGAGAAGCUUUGCCAUGAAGCUGAAAGCCUACGACGCAUAGCCUUUUUUGGGAUUUGCAUCAGCACUGUGGCCACAGUGACUGCAAUCGUUGCUAUUCCGUCGCUAUACAACUACAUGCAGUACGUACAAGCUUCACUGCAGACUGAAAUUGAAUUCUGUAAACAUCGAACGACCGGACUUUCUGACCAGUACGAACGAAUGCAGCAAGUUCAGCGAGUUAGAGGAAGAAUUAUGAAACGACAGGCCGGGUACAACACUCCAUCUGAGUAUAGCAGUCCUUCUGACGAUGCAAUUCAAGCUGGCUUCAUCCAGCAAACAAAUUUGUUAUGUUGUAGCUGCAAGGCAGGGCUUGCUGGACCACCCGGUCCACCCGGUGUCGACGGAGCCGAUGGAAAUGAUGGUGUACCCGGAAAAAAUGGUGAGCCUGGUCUUGAUGCUGAACCCAAUACACAGCCUGCGAUUGAAGACUUCUGUUUUGACUGCCCUCCAGGACUACCAGGACCACCUGGAAACCCAGGUCCCAAAGGGCCGAUCGGCAAUCCAGGAGCUGAUGGAAAGCCCGGACCCGAUGGAUUGGCAGGACAACCUGGUCCACCUGGUCCACAAGGACCUCCUGGUGCUGAUGGAGACCCCGGUCGACCUGGUGAGCAAGGGCCGCCCGGAGUUCUUGAGGAGGUGCCCGUUCCAGACGGGCCUGUUGGUCCACCUGGACCUCCGGGUCACCCCGGUCCAGACGGAGCACCAGGAGCUCCUGGUCAUCCCGGACAAGAUGGACCACAAGGACCACCUGGAGAUCCAGGACGUGAUGGUGCUCCGGGAAAUCCAGGUGCUCCAGGACUGCAGGGUCCACUCGGAGAGCCUGGAGUCGGAGGUGGCUGCGAUCAUUGUCCUCCUCCCCGAACUGCUCCCGGAUAUUAG